UUCUUCAGUUUUACGUCACUUUAACUUUACCGCAAAACGGCGAAAGGUGAAAGGUCGAGGUGUUAGCAGACGAACGUGUCCUGAGUUGAACUGAUCUGAAAUAUACAAAAAGAGGAUUUAUUUUAUUCACGAUGCCGAAAGUCAAAAGUGCAAAGACCUCUCGUACCCACCAGGAAGUACAGAAGCAGGGUAUUGGAUUCAACAAGCAAUUUGGCCAGCAUAUCCUGAAGAACCCUCUAGUCGUGGACAGUAUGGUGGAAAAGGCAGCCCUAAGGCCCACAGACACAGUGUUGGAGAUUGGUCCUGGAACAGGGAACCUCACUAUGAAGAUGAUAGACAGGGUGAAGAAGGUGAUUGCCUGUGAGAUUGACCCCAGGCUCGUGGCUGAACUGCAGAAGAGAGUCCAGGGAACACCAUCGGCUCACAAACUACAGAUGAUGGUGGGAGAUGCUUUAAAGACUGAUCUGCCUUUCUUUGACAUCUGUGUAGCCAACAUCCCAUACCAGAUCUCCUCUCCUCUAGUCUUCAAGCUGUUGUUACACAGACCUUUCUUCAGGUGUGCCAUCCUGAUGUUCCAGAGAGAGUUUGCCCAGCGACUAGUGGCCCCGCCCGGAGACAAGCUGUACUGUCGACUGUCUCUCAAUGUGCAGCUCUUAGCUAGGGUGGACCACCUCAUGAAGAUUGGCAGGAACAACUUCCGACCGCCUCCUAAGGUAGAGUCCAGUGUGGUCAGACUGGAGCCCAAGAACCCCCCUCCCCCCAUCAACUUUCAGGAGUGGGAUGGAAUGGUGAGGAUCGCCUUCCUCAGGAAGAACAAGACUCUGGGAGCAGCCUUCAAGAACUCCAAAGUGUUGAGUUUGCUGGAGAAGAACUACAGAAUACACUGUUCUUUCAACAACAUUCCCAUCUCAGAAGACUUUGACAUGAAACAGAAGGUAACAGACAUCCUGGAGACCAACAGUUUGGACAAGAAAAGGGCGCGGUCGAUGGACAUCGAUGACUUCCUCGGAGUUCUCCAUGCCUUCAACUCCAGUGGGAUUCACUUCAACUGAUGACAUCACAUCUAACUUAAGGACAAUUCUACCAGAAAAAAAAA